CGAAUGCUACAGCAAGAGCCAGUCAAUUGAGUGAGUUCUAACGAUUAGGACGGUUCUCCGAUAAUCUCUCUUAAGCCAGUUGAAACAGAGUGCAGAAAACGAUGGAUUUUUUUAUUGCUAAAAAUCACAACACUCCCGUAGAGCCUCCGGCGCCGAUAGUUCAAAUACUAACUUUACCCUUUCCGAAACAAAAUAUUGAAAUAAUACAUACAAAUGGUAUCGAGGAGGUUACGAAAGAGUUGCCUAAAAUUGCUCCAAAAGAACCAACACCUGAGCCUGAGGUUUUUACCGGCUUUAAUUAUCUUCCCAUGGAGCUACUAUUAAAAGUAAUGAAACAGAUCUCCGUCGAUGAUCGGCUAGCCUGUGGUCAAACGUGUCACCGAUGGAUGGAAGCGGCACACUAUUAUCUUCCUUUUAGUCAGCGUAUCAUCUACAAAUUUACCAACGUCAACUUCACCGACUACGAGCCGCCGAUCAAGAACUUUCUCGGCGCGUUUCGCAUUUUCCCGAGGAUCGUCAUCAAAUCCUGUACCUUCUACGGCAACAGCCAGUUCUGGCCAAUGUUUGGAGAUCAUGUGAUUGAGCUAACGAUAAAGAACUGUCUGAUCAAGGAUACGGAGCUGCUCUACAUCUUGGAGAACGUGCCAAAUCUGCGCCAGCUCAAAAUAGAGCAGUGCGACGAACUGUUUCGAUCGUGGUAUUUCGAGAAGCGCAACAGCUGCUGCGAAUCUCACUUUGUUCUGCCGGACCUGCUAGAUGUGUCGCUUACGAACAAUGACUUCUUGGACGAGCUGCACUUUAACAAGCUGAUGACGCUCGCUCCGAAUAUUGCGCAUUUGGACCUUUCCAACUGUUUCAAGAUGAUCGCUUCCCAUCGGCGAGUUGCGAUGGUGGAACACAUAAUGCGCUUCAUCAACAUGCACCAGUUCCAGCUGCAGACGCUCAAGUUCAACGGGACGCUAGCGAUCGAUGACAUCUGUCUCAGCACACUUUCCAUGAUCGAUGGGUUGAGUCUGGAAACGUUCAGCAUGACGUUCUGUGAUAAGAUACCGGCUGCUAUCAUCGAUCUGCUACGCCGUCAGCCGGAUCUAAACAUCACACACGACCUCGAAUGGAAGGUCGGCCGGCAUCCGAUAAAAGCGCCCGGAUUUAUUAGCUUCCUUGUGCGGCAAACCAAUCUGGUGCAUCUGGAUCUAACUUCUUCGCUCGGUAUUACCGAUGAGGUGAUGGAGCUGAUCACGACCUGCCUGCCGAAGCUCAAAACGCUCAAACUCCGACGGUGCAUUCUGGUGACGGAUGAUGGUAUUAUGAACAUUGUUAAUCUGGAGCAUCUGGAGGUGCUGGAUCUCUCGAACUGCUACCGCAUCUCCGAUCGUGCCAUGUACCGUGGAGUAAUAGGGCGGAAGGUGAAAAAUCUCAAGGAACUAUACCUCUGUGAGCUACCCACCCUGAGCGACUACUCGUUGAUUCAGGUGACACUAAACUAUGAGAUGCUACAAGUGCUCGAUUUAAGCAACAGUCCCAACGCGGCAACGGAUGCCACCAUGCAGUACGUCAACUACUAUCUGGUAUCACUGAAACAGCUCCACUUGUACUGUUGCACGAAACUUACCGAUUCCGGGCUGACCGGGAUUGACCUGCCCGUCAAACCGAUGAUCACCUGGGAUCACGAAGAAACCUUCCCGCUCGAUCGUCUGUUCAAACUGCGCGUCCUGAACUUGAUUGGGUGCUAUCGUAUAUCGGAUCUCUCGCUACAGAACGCUUUCAAGUUGGCCGAACUGAAGGAACUCCAUAUGGCACGCUGUUAUCAGAUAUCAGAAAUUGGCAUCGAAGUUCUGAGCCAAAAUGCAAAGGCACUGGAAUUCAUCGACAUCAGUGAAUGUCCCCUAGUGAAUGAUAACUGCAUCGAGAUGCUAACGUCUAACCUGAAGCGACUACGUACCCUGAAGGUCAACAAGUGUCCCCUGCUAACGAACGCCUGCCUGGAGAUAAUCGGACGAAACUGUAGCUACUUGAAGUUUCUUCACGUAAGCGGUUGUCGCCGGCUGAAAAAACCUCGCGAGCGUCUCGCGCACCUUCCAUCGCUGAAAGCGGUCUAUGUUGAGUGUAAGCGCAUCGUGAAGCUUGUUACGAAAUUCGUCACGACAUUCCGCAAACGGACGCAGAUGAUACAAUGCACUGACCACGGGACACGGCCCACGAUCAAUCGUUUGUUCGAACAGCGACUGUACGCGGAAAUGAUUGGCAGAACGUUUGUGACUUUCAUCCGAACAAGCUGUUCGCCGUUUUGCACUCGAUCGCGAUCUCGUAAGAACAAUUUCCUGUUUUUGUGUGAAAGGAUGGAGAUGUCUAUAGAGAGUUGGUUUAAUCUGCACUACUAUGGGUUCGGUCACGGUGAGGAAUUCGACGACUACGACGAGGAGGAGGAGGAAAGCGAAGAGGAAGAGAUUGUCGUAGAGGAACCGAUCGAAGAAGUCGAUGAUCGAGAGUUUCCCUUUCAUGAUGAUGUCUUCUACAUCAACUUGAAGGGACCUCGUGUCCGUACCGGAUUUGACAAUCUUCCAAUGGAGAUUUUGUUGAACAUAUUUCGCUUUCUCAAUUCGGUUGAUCGGGACUCGGCGGCUCUCACUUGUAAGCGUUGGUUCGAUGCAAUGGGCUACCGGGAGUUUCUCGAUGAGGUGUGCUUUCACUUUGAGGAAGUGAGCAUCUGCGAUGGUACCCAUCCGAUCGCUCUGUUUCUUCGCAGCUUUCGGCACUUUUCCAACAUCAAGCUUACACGGGUCCAGUUCAACGGGUACAGUGAGUUCUGGGAUGUAUUCGGAGAGUACAUCCGCGAGAUCACGUUCUGCAACUGUAUCACGCUUACGAAAUCGAAGCUCACGAUGAUACUGAAACGGUUGCCCUUUCUGGAGUGUCUCGCACUGGAAGAAGCGGACGAGUUCUUCAAAACGUGGACACCGGUCGAGUUGAAACGGAUCGAGCCAGUGUGUCGUUGUUUGCGCAAGCUGGCACUGCGCAAGAGCAACGCGUUCACGGUGGAUCAUCUUCACUAUCUUAUCGCGAUGGGACCCAACAUUAGUGCGCUGGAAAUUUCCAAAUGUCUCAAGCAGAUUGAUGCACCGACGCGGGUGAAAAUACUCACCACCAUACUGGCGAUCAUGAAGAUGCGCAAAAAGAAACUGCAAGCGGUGGACUUCAGCUACACCAUGUAUGAUGAUCUAUUUCUGAAGCAGUUUGCGGAGAUCGACAACAUGUCGCUAAGUCAGAUGAGCUUAUCGUUUUUCGAACGGGCACCGAUUAAGGAUCCGGGGAUAAUUGAUAUACUGCGCUGCCAGUCGGCCAUCGUCCAUCUGGAUCUGUCCUCGUUCUUGAAUCUCACCGAUUUUGCUCUAAUCGAAAUUUCCACCUCACUACGGUUGCUGAAGACGCUCAAGCUGAACGGAUGCUGGCUACUGACAGAUUUUGGUGUCGAAUCGAUCUACCAGUUGGAUAGGUUGCAAGUGCUCGAUCUGUCCGAUUGUGACAAGAUUAGUGAUCGAGGGUUCAUGAAGGCAAUCGUAGAUCGACGGCGGGAUUGUAUGAGCCAACUGUACUUGAGUAUGCUGCCCGGGUUGACGGAUAGCGUCAUCCUGAAGAUUUGCCUCACGCUGCUUAAUCUUACCGUGAUUGACUUCUGCGGUUCGGAUUGCAUGAACGACACAUCGGUACAGUUUCUCUUUUGCUAUCUAAGGUGUCUACGAAUUCUGCGUCUAAACGGAUGCGUUAAGAUAUCGGAUGCAGGCCUAACUGGGGAGAAUCUUCCAGUGGCGGUGAUUGAAAUGUGGGAUACGCAGUUAACGUUCUCCAUCAGCGAACUGCGCAGUCUGCAGGAGCUUCAGCUGUCCGGAUGCUUCAAAGUAACCGACUUCACGCUGAUACAUUCAUUCCGUUUCCGAGAGUUGCGUGAGCUCAACCUUGCUCACUGUGUACAGAUAUCUGAAGCAGGCAUCGAAGCAAUGUCACUCAAUUGUCCAGCCCUGGAGCAAAUCGAUUUAAGUGACUGCUUUCACGUCAAUGACCGUUGCGUAGAAGCACUUGCGAAAAACCUGUUGAGGUUACGAUCGUUGAAGCUUGUCCGAUUGCCACUAAUAACGGUAGCCAGUGUGGAUGCGCUUGUACAGUAUGCGAAGGUGCUCCGUUAUCUGUACAUACGCAGUUGCAACAAAAUACCGAAAGAUGCACCUGAACGGUUGAGGAAAAUUGCCACACUACGUAAUAUACCCAAGUGUUAAUCGAGUGUUGUCCUUGUGGAUCGUAUGUAUCUGUCGUCGAUGUCCAAAUAUGUGCAAGGGUCUAGUGUUUAGCGUACUUUAUUUUGUGUUGCGCGUGUACUGCAGUAUAUAAAGUGCUGUUCCAUUAUUCUUAUUUGCAGGCAUGUCGGAAUGAGGCAUAUACACAUUCGGGAAAGUAAUCACCUCAAUCUCAACUGCUCAAUUUAUCUGGAGAUUAGAUCAAUAGAAUUGAUAUCGAGAAAACUCAAAAGAAAAGUGUUUCAAGUAAAAAAUAAAGCACGGCAUAUAUGUA